AUGGCCCCCGCUUCCGCAGCCGUCAAUAUUGUGAAUGUUCGCGCGAGGCGCCUCGCCCUUGACGGCGAGGAUGGCAUCCGCCAGCAGAUUGUCGCCGGCCUAUCCAGGCCCGUCGGCGAGAAAACCCUUCCAACCAUGCUAUUGUAUGACGAGCGAGGCCUCAGGCUGUACGACGAUAUUACCACUCAAGCUCCUGAAUACUAUCUCUUUCCGGCAGAGGAAGAGAUCUUCACCAACUAUGCCGAUGAGAUUGUUCGCGUCAUGCACGCUUCGGAUGGCGGUCAACUCAAGAAUGACGAGGCCGUUGUCGAGCUCGGAGCCGGAGCUCUUAGAAAGACCUCGCGAGUCUUGGUUGCUCUUUCGCAAAUAGUGCACCCCGACAACACCAACUCGCCGAUUUCUUACUAUGCCCUCGAUCUCCAGGAGCGUGAGCUUCAGCGAAGUCUGGCGGAGUUGAAUGAUUCCGAGGUCGGGGCCAAGAUUCAGGGCAAGGUGUCGCUGCAAGGUCUAUGCGGCACAUAUGAAGACGGCCUGACAUAUAUUCAAGAUGGUGGUGUGUACAGUCUAGUGAACGCCAGCCGUAAUCCAGACGGCUUCUCUCAGCGGCUGAGUCAUGUACAACAUGGCAGAGACGCGUCUCCGAGUUCCACAUCCGACUCUACUUCUGAGAGCGGCAGUGUCGGUGUAGACGAGACACCCCCUUCCACUCCUGGUAUUUAUACACCACUCCACAUCAUGUUCCUAGGGUCAUCCCUUGGCAACUUCUCGCGCGGAGAUGACGCUGCGUUUUUGCGAUCCCUCCCUCUGCGUGCUGGAUCAGGCGACACCCUUUUGCUGGGUAUAGAUCACGACAACGAUCCAGUCGAUAUUGAGUCAGCGUACAAUGAUACCAAAGGCAUUACCGAGGCAUUUAUCAUGAACGGAUUGCGAUGUGCCGGCAGGGCGCUCGGAGAUGAGGCAAUGUUCCCCGAAGAUAAGUGGGAGUAUGUCGGAGUUUAUAACAAGGACCAACGACGUCACGAGGCAUACUACAAAUCACGUAUUGAUCAUAGCGUCAUUGAUCCAUCGACGAAGGCCAGUUAUUCGUUCAAGAAGGAUGAGCUUGUACGAAUUGAAGUGUCUUACAAGUUUUCAGAACGGGACGCAUAUACCCUGUUCACAGAUGCUGACUUGCGCCCCAUCCAGCGAUGGACCGACAGCGCAUCCAAGUAUUCUGUAUGGCUUCUUGAGCGUCCCGUGUUCUCUGUGCCCCUUCUAUGCCCCCCUUUGAAGACAGAAAUCAGCGAAGCGGUGGUCCACAAGUCAACGGCAACGCCCUUCGGUAUGCCUACAAUUGAAGAAUGGCAGACGAUGUGGACUGCAUGGGAUUUCAUUACCCAGCGUAUGAUACCCUCGUCUAUGCUUUUCCAGAAACCGAUUGAUUUGCGACAUAUUUGUCUGUUUUACCUUGGGCAUAUUCCGACAUUUCUGUCGAUCCACCUAUCGAGGCUUCUGGAAGUGCCCGAUAUCGAGCCGGUCGCAUUCAAGUAUAUCUUUGAACGAGGUAUUGACCCGAAUGUCGAUGACCCGACACAGUGUCAUUCACAUUCUGAGGUCCCACAACAGGAUGAGGACUGGCCUUCUGUCUCGAGCAUACUCGCGUACCAGUACACUGUGCGCGAGAGGAUUUUCCAGCUGUACCGUGACAUUGCCUCGGGGGAGGUGGUGCUGACAAGGAAAAUAGCUCGGGUUCUGUUCAUGACCCUUGAGCACGAGGCAUUCCACGCUGAGACACUCUUGUAUAUGCUCUUGCAGCGGGCUGGUACUGGCACCAUUCCUCCAUCGGGCUUCAGUGCGCCUGUGUGGACAGUACUCGCAGAGUCUUGGGAACGUGCACCACGUCCCGAGGAUUCAACUGUCACCCUUGGGCCGACUACAAUCAAGCUGGGCCAUAAUGAUGCUGAGGCAGAUGAUGCUUCUACUGAUGUUGCGGGCCAUAAUUUCGGAUGGGAUAACGAGAAUCCUGAACGAGAGGUGCAUGUAAAUGAAGUUAGGAUCGAAUGGCGUCCAGUUACAAACGGAGAGUUUUACGAGUACUACAACGAUAAAGGGAAGGGCGUUGUCAAAUUCCCUGCCAGUUGGGUGGAGAUUGAUGGCGCAGUUUGUGUUCGGACCAUGUACGGCCCCAUUCCGUUAAAGAUAGCUCAACACUGGCCGAUCAUGACUUCCUAUGAUAACCUAUCCUCAUAUGCCAGUGUCAAGGGCGGCCGGAUUCCAACCGAGCCAGAGCUUCGCCUCUUCUUCGAUAUGUUUGAGUGUGGAUACGAGGGAGGAGCCAACGUCGGUUUUCGCAACUGGCACCCUGUUCCGGCGACAACAGGCGUUGGGAAAGGUAAUCGAAGGGGACACAACGGAGGAGUUUGGGAGUGGACAUCGACUGCCUUGGAGCAACAUGAUGGAUUUGUACCAUCCCGUCUCUACCCUGGGUAUUCCGUUGAUUUCUUUGACGGCCAUCAUCAAGUUGUGAUUGGGGGUUCAUACGCCACUAUUCCCCGCCUUGCCGAACGUCGAAGCCUGAGGAAUUUUUACCAGCAUAACUAUCCCUAUGCUUGGGUGGGUGCCCGCAUUGCUUACGAUUCGGUGCUGUAG